ACGGACAUUACUGUGACGUCUCGCGACUUUUCAGCUUGUUACUGCUGCUUUUUUUCCCUUCUCUCUGCUAUGUUAACUUUACUGCAUCGGUGAAGUUCCAUACCCGUGUUAUGAAUGACUAUGAGGUUGUCCGGCAGAUCGGAGAAGGUGCGUUUGGGACAGCCUUACUCGUCAGGGACAAACGGGGAGAUGGAGGCAGGAGCUGCGUGGUGAAGCAGAUCGGUCUCGGGAAGAUGUCAGCGAAGGAGAAAGAAGCCUCUAAGAAAGAAGUGACUCUCCUGUCACAGAUGAAACACCCAAACAUUGUUUCGUUCAUCACUACAUUUCAAGAGAAGGGCAGCCUGUACAUAGUGAUGGAGUACUGCGAUGGAGGAGAUCUGCUGAAGAAGAUCAGCAUGCAGAGAGGAAUUCCCUUCUCUGAGGCGCAGAUUGUGGACUGGUUCGUCCAGAUCUGCCUGGGCCUCAAGCACAUCCACGACCGGAAGAUUCUUCACAGAGACAUCAAAUCUCAGAAUAUCUUCCUAACCAGCGGAGGGAUGAAAGUAAAGCUGGGGGACUUUGGUAUCGCAAGAAUUUUGAAUAACACCCUGGAGAUGGCCAGGACUUGUGUCGGGACGCCAUACUACCUCUCACCAGAGAUCUGCGAGAGUCGGCCCUACAACAACAAAACAGACAUCUGGUCUCUGGGUUGUGUCCUCUAUGAACUCUGCAGCCUGAGGCAUCCAUUUGAGGGCAACAGCCUGAGGCAGCUGGUCAGCAAAAUCUGCAGAGGCCACUACGCGCCUGUCCCCAGUCGCUACUCCCACGACCUUCGUCUGCUGGUCACCCAGCUCUUCAAGGUCAACCCUCGAGACCGUCCCUCAGUGAGCUCAGUCCUCCGACGUCCAUUUUUAGAAAAACACGUCAGUAAACACGUCAACGCUCAGACGAUGCAGGGGGAGUUGAACCACGCAGCUUCCCAUCGAAACGGAGCAGCAGCUGCAUCAGACGCUGCUAAAAUAAGAACAGGAGCAUCGAAACCGGCAGAGAAGAUGCAGAAGGCGAGAGCAGCAGAGAGGCCGGGGGCAGCAGGCGGGAAACCCGCCGCCAAACCGGACCACAGAGCGCCGUUCAGAGUGGUCGCCGCUCCCUACAAACCUCUUCAUCACAAAGCAGCCAAACCAGCCGCAGACGGAGCGUUUGCAGGGAUUCAGAACUGCAGGUUGGAUGGGAGGCAGGCUGACAGCCAUUACCAGCACUAUUACGCUCAACUGGAUGUCAUUCAAAGGAGGAAUAAGGACAUUCCUGCUGGUGUCGCUCCACCUUCAGCUCCUGAUCCUGCGGCUCUGGAGCGAGUCGCAGAUGUGAACCUGCAGUUCUGGGAACAAGAUUUUCCACUUGUGGAACCAUACCAGCUUGUGGCUGCAGCUCGUAACGAGUACCUGCAGAGGAAACACGAGGCCAACCAGUAUAAACUGAGAGCGGAAAAACAGCUGGGUCUGCGGCCGUGCACAGCUGAGAGUAAAAGGAAGCCAGAUGGCCAGGAGCAGGAAGUUGGACUACCUGACAACCAGCACUUUCCUCAAGACAGAAAAUAUGAGGGACAGCAGGAAUAUCUGCGUCAGCUGGAUCACAUCAGGCAGCAGUAUCAUCAGGAGGUGAGGCAGAUGAGACAGAAAGCUGAAUCAGAGCCACAAGAUAAACAAAGAACCUUUGUGGUGGAAAAAGCGCGAGAGCCGGAGCCCGCCUCGGAUACUGAAGAGCAGCAGAAAGAAACACCUGCUCAGGACACGGACGCAGUUCUGAGGCAGAUCAGAGAAGAAAACGAGGGAAAUUCUCAGAAAAAAGCCAAAGAUAAGAAGGGAAUCAUGUUUGAAAUCCGGCUGGAUGAAGAAGAAACGAAGGAGGAGAGGAAAAACGAAGAGAAGCAGGAAGUGGACCCUCUCAAUCGUACGCUAAGCUUCCAGGAAGGGGAGGCGCUAAAGCUCAAAGAUUGGUCAAAGGAGAGAAAGGGGUGGAGCCAAAGGACCCCUCAGACUCUGCUGGACGCCCUGGCCAAUAUGGACGUGAACUCUGCUUGUAGCACAGCGGCUGAGCCUUUAGAAGCAGGCCGCAGGCAGUGGACCAGCGGCCCCCCCAGCUCCCUGCUGAACGCUCUGGCUCAGGCUGAACUCACACCAAGUCUGGACACAGCGUUAGACGCUGCGCAGGGAGAGGAGGAGAAGGGGAAACAAGGAGAAGAGGAAGAGGACUCAGACAUAGAGAUGGAUGAAGAGCGUCUGGAGUCGAGGUCUGAUGAUGAUGACACGAAUUUUGAGGAGUCGGAGGACGAGCUGAGAGACGCCGUGGCGGACUCCAUGAGGAACCUUUACGUCAUGGACGACUCGAGCUCUGGAGGAAACACGCCGGAGGAGGGUGAAGAAGCAGAGAGGAAGGACGGAGGAGCGGACAGCUCUUCAGGUCAUCAGCAAGCCCAAGCAGAGGUCAGCUGGUCAGGGUAUGACGGUUCACCAAACGGAUGUUUCUAGUAAAUCUGAAGAGUCCCAGACAGACAGGAGCGCAGCUUUAGACAAGCAUCAGGCUGGAAUGAUUCAGUGGUUUGUUAACAGAUGGAUUAUUCUGAAUGAACUGCCUUAAAAUGUGUGAAAGAAGUGAAAGUGUUCACUCUGAAUUUACAUGACUCACGAAGCCUUAUCUAUAUAUUCAUGUGAUGCAUCUGGACUAAAAUAGUUGACAAACCUGAUUUUAAGUGAGCAAUAAUAUAAAUGUAGUUUUAAGAAUGUAAAAAAUCUUUAUUUACUAAAAAAAAAACCAAAUAAAAAGAAAUUUGUGGCCUACCUGUCAUUUAGUUUUCCAACACCACCUCUGAUACCAAACACAAAGGGAGACACUGAAUGUAACCAUGAUUGUUAUUGUGAAAUACAGUAUAUUUAAUGUACAGCACUUUUCAAGUUCAUUUUGACAACUAUCGUUUGAGAGAAAAGCACCUUUCAGUGGAAUAUAUAAUCAAUUUUACAACUUUUCACUUGUGUUUGGACUUGUACCUCAUACCUGUCGUAUUCAUUUCUAUGUUCAAAGUUGAGGAAUAUGUAAAAUUGUUAUUUUGUUAUUCUAAGGCAACCAGCAGAACACAACAGUGGCAAAAGGAAAAUAUUCUCAUUUAGGUACAAAUGCUAACAUUCUCCCCUCCUGACCAGUACUGUUCCUUUAAAGCACACAGGCAGUAGCAUUCCUCUUUCUUCCAGCUGUUACGUCUCUGUAGUACUGUUUGCUGGCAAGUUGUGCAAAGGUUAUGCAAAACCUAUCGACAGUGAAUGGAAGCAGCCAAAAGUCUCACUUUUAUUCACAUAAUCAGUUCGCAUUUUACUUCUGAUGGUACAGUUGCUCUAAAGUAAUCUAGCUAUUUUUCCAAGAACAUAACUUGUCACGCUAACUCUAAAUGGCUAACUGUGCACAUGCAGUAAUAGACCAUUUGUUGUUUAUUUUGCUCAGACACUAAGAAAAAAAACAAGGCAGUACUAAAGCUAAUUACUAGGACGAAGUAAUUAACUUCAAAUACUAAAGCUAAUAAUAGUAGCUUUAGUAUUAGCUAAAUACUAAUUUAGCUAAUAAUUAGUAUUUAGCUAAUGCUAAUUAGCUAAAUACUAAUUUAGUAUGAUGCGAGAAGAUCAUUUCAGAGAGUAAACACCUGCUCUCACUUUAAUGGCAUGACUGUUUACCGCCUGCUUGGCUUGGUUAAGGAAGAUAAAUCUGCUCUGUUCACCUGUUUAUUUUCUGAAAUCACUUUUCCUGUGUAGCAGGAUCUGUGGUCAAAGUAAGAGUGUUCACUUUAUCAUUUUAUAUGCAUAACACAUUCCUUUGUCAUACUGCUUUAAAAUCCCAGCUACUUAUCCUGAAGGA